AAGAUGAAAAAUGUCUAAUCUCAGCGCUGUUACCACCUAAACAGCCACCCGCACCUUAUCGCAACCUGCACCUGAAACUUUUCGCAUUCCGACAAUACCCAUACCCGACAGCUCUCUAACCUUAACGUUUUCGCAGGUAGAGUUCUGUGCUCUUCAACUGUCUCUUGCAAAGCAAUGAGGAUCCCUAGCGGCGAUGAUGUCGUCUUAAUCCAACAACCCAGGAGCCCCGGCGACCCCACCGUCAUCACCGUCAAUUGCCCCGACAAGCCUGGCCUCGGCUGCGACCUCUGCCGUAUAAUUCUCGAGUUUGGUCUUUCCAUUACUCGCGCAGACUUUUCAACUGAUGGAAGAUGGUGUUACAUAGUAUUCUGGGUGGUUCCAGACCCCACCUCGCAUAGACUUGAUUGGGACAGCUUGAAAAAUAGGCUCUUUUUUGCGUCCCCUCCUUGUUUGGUUCCAUUCUAUUUUGAUCAGAAAUCUAAUGGUCCUUCGCUGCCUCCACUCUAUCUCUUGAAGGUUUGUUUUGUUGACCAGAAAGGGUUGCUACACGAUGUUACUAAAGUACUUACUGAGCUUGAAUUUACCAUUCAAAGAGUGAAAGUGAUGAAAACGCCGGAUGGGAAAGUUGUGGACCUGUUCUUCAUCACAGAUGGCAAGGAACUUUUACACACAGAAAAAAGGCGACGUGAAACAUGUAGACAUCUGGUUUCUGUUUUUAAAGAGUGUUGCAUUAGCUGCGAACUUCAACUGGCAGGACCUGAAUAUGAAAGUCUUCAGGCUUUCUCUUCCCUCCCACUGGCAAUUGCAGAGGAAUUAUUUAGCUGUGAACCAUCAGAAGGGAAAUCCUGUACCCAAGCAUUCUGCACAGAUAUAGCAAUAGCAGAGAAGGCUUCUGUUACAAUGGAUAAUCAUUUGAGCCCAGCUCGUACAUUACUUCAAAUUCAAUGUAUUGAUCAGAAAGGCCUAUUGUAUGACAUAUUGAGGACCUCAAAGGACUGCAAUAUCCAGAUUGCUUAUGGUAGAUUCUCUUCAAAUGUAAAAGGGUGCCGGAAUGUGGAUCUUCUUAUUCAACUAACCAAUGGAAAUAAGAUAGUAGAUCCUAAGCUUCAGCUUACUUUGUGUUCUCGUCUAAAGGCAGAGAUGCUUCAUCCAUUUCGAGUGAUUAUUGCCAACCGCGGCCCAGAUACUGAACUCUUGGUUGCUAACCCUGUUGAAUUAUGUGGGAGGGGAAGACCUCGUGUUUUCUAUGACGUUACUUUUGCUCUGAAAACAUUGGGAGUGUGCAUUUUCUCUGCUGAAAUUGGAAGACACUCAACUAAGGAUCAACAGUGGGAAGUCUACAGAUUUCUCUUGGAUGAAAAUUCUAAAGGUCCAUUAGCAGGUGCUCGAGCCGGAAAAGAAAUAGCGGAUAGAGUGACACGGACACUGAUGGGUUGGUAAGAUCUGCAUCCUAACGAUGCUGGCUAGGAACAUAGUUAUGGUGUCCCAUAAUUACUCUCAAGCUGGACAUCUCAGCACAGCAGGGGUAUAUGUAUUCGCUGAUGUCGGAAGAAAGCCAAUUUAAGGUUGUCCAUUGAGAUGAUUUGUGCUAAUAUUGCCUCUCCUUUGUAUUCUAUCUGGUACUAUCCCUGCUUGGCUCCAUGUUUUGCAGUGUAAUCAAAGAGAAUCAUUCAUAGCAUUCUUAAUGGAUAGGUAAGGCAACCGGUUUCAGUUGAGGAUUGUAAAUAUCUUGGAAUUUCGUUUUCCUUGUUAUUUUAUCAAAUCUCUUAAGUGGGUUUUACUCAUUUCCUUUAGUGGAGUGGUGUAUAUAAUCUGAUUUGAUCUAAUAGCUGAAAGAGGUUGGAAUCUCUACUCUCUUAA